CUAUAAAUUCAUUGUUCCACCUCCUCGCAUCUUCACAGCGCUGGCGCUGCUCUCCGCGCUCGCAGCGGCCGACUGGGGGUGACCGCGGCUGGACGACGCUGCAGCCGAGGGACACGGACGCGCCGCUUCCCCGGCCCGCCGCAGGCCGCCCCCUGCAUUUCGGUUUUCAUUUUUAUGGCUUUUUCCCUCUCUUCUCUUCCUCCUGGUUCCAGAGGAGUCGAGGAAAUCCACAAAAUAAGACGAGAACUGGGCUACUCCGGAGCUUGAAACCUGCAGCCGGCGGGUCCCGAGCGGCCAGGGGGCGGGAGGCGGCGCGCGCCAGGCGCCCGCCGGGUGCGCGGCACUUGGCGACUUUUUUUGGUGCAGAGAUCGGGGUGGCCGUUGGGGCCGGUUUGGUUUGGGUUUUUUUUGGUUUGUUUGUUUGUUUGUUUUUAACCUUCUCCUGUAUUUGCUGAAUCGCCACGACCCGGCUUUUCUCUUUUUUGUGCUUUUUUUUUUCUUUUUUUCUUUUUUCUUUUUUCCGCCUUUCCGGACCACGAAUCCAAACAUUUUUUUCAAACCAACAAAGAAAAGUUCGCACGCUGGCACCUGGGCCGGGAGAGGCUGGCGCUGUGGCUGGUCCCCCUCCCUCCGACACUUGACUCAACCUUGCAAGCAGUGUACGUGUGCCCCCAGCUCCCGCCCCGGUAACUUCCAGAGCGAAUAACAAAUACCCAUAAAGUCCCCGGCGCGCGGCCCCUCCCCGCGGGCAGCGCAUUAUGCUGCUCGGGUGGGCGUCCCUGCUGCUGUGCGCGCUCCGCCUGCCCCUGGUCGCGGCCAGUCCCGCCGCGGCACCUGCCCAGGAUAAAGCCGGGCAGCCUCGGGCUGCUGCCGCGGCCGCCCAGCCCCGCCGGCCGCUGGGGGAGGAGGCGCCGGAACCGGCCGAGCCUCCCCAACACCCGCACCCCGGGGCGCUGCAGCGCAAGAGCCGCGGGCUUGUGCAGAACAUCGACCAAAUCUACUCGGGCGGCGGCAAAGUGGGCUACCUCGUCUACGCGGGCGGCCGGCGGUUCCUCCUAGACUUGGAACGCGAUGACUCGGUGGGCGCUGCUGGCUUGGUUCCCGCAAAGGGCAGCCUGAGCGCGAGCCGGCGCCACCGAGGCCACUGCUUCUACCGGGGCACGGUGGACGGCAGUCCCCGUUCUCUGGCUGUGUUUGAUCUGUGCGGGGGUCUCGACGGCUUCUUCGCGGUCAAGCACGCACGCUACAUGCUAAAGCCGCUGCUGCGCGGCCCCUGGGCGGAGGGAGAGGCCGAACGUGUGUAUGGGGAUGGAUCCGCGCCGGUCCUGCACGUCUACACCCGCGAGGGCUUCAGCUUCGAGGCCCUCCCGCCGCGCACCAGCUGCGAGACCCCCGCUUCCCGGCCGCGGCUGCCAGGACGCCCCCCUGCACGCGGCCGCCCGGACCGACGCUGGGCGCUGGCCCAGGACUUCCAGGACCGGAGGGCUCCUUCUUCCUCCGAUGGGGUUCAGGGACCACAGACGUGGUGGAGGCGGCGGCGCCGCUCCAUCUCCAGGGCCCGCCAGGUGGAGCUGCUCCUGGUGGCGGAUGCGUCCAUGGCCCGAAUGUAUGGCCGGGGCCUGCAGCAUUACCUGCUGACCCUGGCCUCCAUCGCCAACCGGCUGUACAGCCAUGCCAGCAUAGAGAACCAUAUCCGCCUGACCGUGGUAAAGGUGGUGGUGCUAGGGGACAAGGACAAGAGCCUGGAGGUGAACAAGAACGCCGCCACCACACUCAAGAACUUUUGUAAGUGGCAGCAUCAACAUAACCAGCUGGGAGAUGACCAUGAGGAGCACUAUGAUGCGGCCAUCCUGUUUACUCGGGAGGAUUUAUGCGGGCAUCAUUCAUGUGACACGCUGGGAAUGGCGGACGUGGGGACCAUAUGUUCUCCAGAGCGCAGCUGUGCUGUGAUUGAAGAUGACGGCCUGCACGCAGCUUUCACCGUGGCUCACGAAAUUGGACAUCUACUUGGCCUCUCCCACGAUGACUCCAAAUUCUGUGAAGAGAACUUUGGUUCCACUGAAGACAAGCGUUUAAUGUCUUCCAUCUUAACCAGCAUCGAUGCAUCCAAGCCCUGGUCUAAAUGCACCUCAGCCACCAUCACAGAAUUCUUGGAUGAUGGCCACGGGAACUGCUUGCUGGAUUUGCCACGAAAGCAGAUCCUGGGCCCUGAAGAGCUUCCGGGCCAGACCUACGAUGCCACCCAGCAGUGCAACCUGACUUUCGGGCCAGAGUACUCCGUGUGCCCUGGCAUGGAUGUGUGCGCGCGCCUGUGGUGCGCUGUGGUGCGCCAGGGCCAGAUGGUGUGUCUCACCAAGAAGCUGCCUGCCGUCGAGGGGACCCCGUGUGGAAAAGGGAGAAUCUGCCUGCAGGGCAAGUGUGUGGACAAAACAAAGAAAAAAUACUAUUCAACAUCAAGUCAUGGCAACUGGGGCUCUUGGGGGUCCUGGGGCCAAUGUUCCCGCUCAUGUGGGGGAGGAGUCCAGUUUGCCUAUCGCCACUGCAAUAACCCAGCACCCAGGAACAAUGGCCGCUACUGCACAGGGAAGAGAGCCAUCUACCGCUCCUGUAGUGUUGUGCCCUGCCCGCCCAAUGGUAAAUCUUUUCGUCAAGAGCAAUGUGAGGCUAAAAAUGGAUAUCAGUCUGAUACAAAAGGAGUGAAAACAUUUGUGGAGUGGGUUCCCAAAUAUGCAGGCGUCCUUCCGGGGGAUGUGUGCAAACUCACCUGCCGAGCUAAGGGCACCGGCUACUAUGUGGUGUUUUCUCCAAAGGUGACUGAUGGAACCGAGUGUAGACCCUACAGUAACUCAGUCUGUGUCCGGGGGCGGUGCGUGCGGACUGGCUGUGACGGCAUCAUUGGCUCCAAGCUGCAGUAUGACAAGUGUGGAAUCUGCGGAGGAGACAACUCCAGUUGCACAAAGGUGGUUGGUACCUUCAAUAAAAAAAGUAAGGGUUAUACUGAUGUCGUAAAGAUUCCCGAAGGGGCCACCCACAUAAAAGUUAGACAGUUCAAAGCCAAAGACCAGACGAGAUUCACUGCCUACUUAGCCCUGAAGAAGAAAAAUGGGGAGUACCUGAUCAAUGGAAAGUAUAUGAUCUCCACUUCAGAAACCAUCGUUGACAUCAAUGGAACGGUCAUGAACUACAGCGGCUGGAGCCACCGGGAUGACUUCUUGCAUGGUAUGGGGUAUGCAGCCACCAAGGAGAUCCUAAUCGUGCAGAUUCUUGCAACAGACCCCACAAAGGCACUAGACGUCCGUUACAGUUUCUUUGUUCCCAAUAAGUACACGCACAAAGUCAACUCCAUCACUGGUCAUGGCAGCAAUAAGGUGGGCUCCCACCCUCCACAGCUGCAGUGGGUGACGGGCCCCUGGUUGGCAUGCUCCAGGACCUGUGACACUGGCUGGCACACUAGGACAGUGCAAUGUCAGGAUGGAAACCGGAAGUUAGCAAAAGGUUGUCUUCUCUCUCAGAGGCCUUCGGCAUUUAAGCAGUGUUUGCUGAAGAAAUGUUAGCCUGUGGUUUAUGAGCUGAUGCAGAGAUAACUGGAGGAUGCGUCACCACUGUGGUGAAAAAGAGGUCCACCCAGAGCAAAGAAAGUCACACUUUGGUGGCACUGUCAUCAGGAGGCCAAACCUGGACAGAAUUUGCUCCCUGUGACCAAAUGAAGAUGAGCUGCUUCAUGUGACAGUGGUGACCUUGGAGUACAGAAGGACUUGGGAGCCAGUGAACAUCCCCCAGCCCACAAGAAUGAAAAAACACUGAGGAAUGUAGAAGCCGAGGACAUUUGAAGAUGGCAGUCCAGUCUCCCCUUGUCAUCUACCUCUUACAGAAUGUCUUCAAAGGCAUUUUAAUCAUUUUCGCCCAUAAUACACAGUAGCUUAUUUUUACUGUUUGUAAAUACAUUGUCCCUUGGUAUGUCACUUUAUAUCACUUGGUUCUAUUAAAA